GGUGCUUCAAAUCCACCUGUCAGGCGGAAUUGACCACAUCGGUGGCGUGCGCUGGCCACUGGCACUGUGCCUGUUCGCCGUGUUCGUGCUCGUCUACUUCUCCCUCUGGAAGGGCGUCCGCAGCACCGGAAAGGCGGUGUGGGUGACAGCCACUAUGCCAUACGCUGUGCUCCUGAUCCUGCUGCUGCGCGGUGUCACCCUGGACGGAUCCUUGGAUGGUAUCAAGUACUACCUGUAUCCGCAGUGGGACAAGCUGCUCUCGAGUGACGUUUGGAUUGAUGCUGCUACACAGAUAUUUUUCUCCCUUGGACCCGGAUUUGGCACGUUACUAGCAUUAUCCAGCUAUAACAAGUUCCACAACAACUGUUACCGGGACGCCCUUGUGACAAGCAUUAUCAACUGCCUCACAAGCUUCCUGGCUGGGUUCGUCAUAUUUUCUGUGCUCGGGUACAUGGCUCACGUGCUGCAAAAAGACAUCGGAGACGUGGCUACCGAUGGUCCCGGGUUGGUGUUCAUAGUCUAUCCUGAAGCCAUCGCUACCAUGAAGGGAUCAGUCUUCUGGUCCAUUCUCUUCUUUCUUAUGCUAAUCACGUUGGGCCUGGACAGCACGGUGUGUUCGCUUGCGCUCUUGCUGCGUUAACGAUGCCGUUAUGAAAAAAUGGACAGGGUCACAAAGU